UUGACGAUUCUCUGAGAGAGCUAGUGAAAAAUUUAGUCUCCGGUAGAAUUCGAUACAGUACAGACUACUCUACAACAAAUAUUGUGCGGCCAUCAUUGCUAGAGGAACAAUUCUGAGAAUUUGACAAGACGACCAAGACGAAAGAAAUGGCAUCUGGACGCAAAAGAGAACGAGAAUUAGUCGUCUCAUCGUCAUCGGACGAUGAAUCUGAUUCUGAGAGUCAAUCAAAACGAAAAAAGAUGUCAGCUCCCACUGCUGGACCAUCAUCAGCAGCCAGUGACGUUGAAAACAUCGCCCCAAAAGCGGACAUGAUUCGCUACGAAAAUAAACUGAAAGCCUUCUCCCGAGACAUUACGAAAGCAUUUCCAUGGACCAAAUUUGGAUCGGAUCGUGAUGCUUUCUGCUAUCGACGCGUUCGAGGUCACCUUGCUGUCUUCAAACGGGAAUGUCUGGAACAAUGCAAAGCCUUCGUUGAUGACUUGCAGUGGAGCAAUGCCAUCAAUUACAUUGUCAUUGCCUGGCAAUAUGUCGAUCAAUUGCCACGUUGGGACGAUCCGAAGCAUAACAAAAUGAACGAACAGUGCUACAAGAAAUUGACGUCGUACCUCACGACUUCCUUAAAGAAGGGAAAGUUUAAAAAAGAGGAACUACAAGGAUUCAUUGGCAAAUUCAGAAAAUUAGCCAAGAUCAGAGCAGAAGAAAGCGACUCGGACUCGGAAACAGACAAUACGAACGCGAAGGACAAUGGAAUGUUGAAUUCCAUUAAAUUGGCCGAGAUGGCGUUAAAGAAGAUUAAAUGAAAUGAAAAUUUGGUGUUUUUACUUACAUGAAGUACAAUAAAGCAAAUUAAGUAUCUCGUUGAA